CCCGUCUCAACUAGAAAUCAGGAUAACCUUUCCACAUAAAAUCAACUUCGCAAGUUUGACCUCUUUUGUGGGACAAACGCGACGUAUCCCCGCUCUUGUCGUCUGGCACGCGUGAGGUGCAGUAGGAAUAUUCAAGCGCCUCACAAGCAAAUGCCCGAGACGCUUCAAGCCCUAUUGUUCGUCUUUGAAUAGAAGUGGAUCAGCCUGGCAUUCACUCACGGCCAGCAGUCCGAUGCGCUUCUAGGUUCGAUGAGACAUAGCUUCGUACCUAACAGAUUCACCCUCGCAACCGAUUCGCUUAUCAUACUGCAGUCAGUUGCUUGAUAUCAAGCGACUUAUAUUACCCACAAUGAUGCUUCCGUUCGUCCAUCGACUUCGAGGGAUUCGAAGACCUCCGAACCCCUCGGGUAACGACAACGAGACCGGCGCUUCAUCGGAGGAAGAGGCCAAGGCAUUCGAUAACGAUGCAUACUACCCUAGCUGCUACGACGUGUUGAAGGUCCGAUACCUGCUGCAGCAUAUCUGGAAAUGGAAGAGAGACUCGGAGGAGCUGUUUCCUUGUGAGCUUGUGGACAUGAUCGUGGAUGCAGCCGAAUACUGGGCAACCAGCGAGUCUAGCCUGGAAGGAGAGACGAUUAUCCGAAAGGAUCAGGACCAGGUGCUGUUAACAACCGUGCCACUGUGCUAUGCUGUGGAGACAUUAAGUUCCGACUCUCCCCAGGUGCUUCCCCAUCGAACCGCUCACCCUUGCCGCAAGAUCAUGUUUACCAUCUCAGCCCAUGACCAGGGAUGGGGUGGCGGUGCCCGCAAUAAAGGUCCGUACGACGGGUCUUUUACAUGGUUCGACACCCAGAUUAUUCACUCGGCCCAGAAGCCGCCUCCACCAAAUGAAGCGCCGAGUCAGGAGCAGCAGCCGGUUCACUUCGAAUCGGGCGACCCUCUUCUACUCCCGAGCCCUCAUAAGCUACAGUCAAACCGAACGGCGGACAAGAAUACCCAGCUACAUCGUAUCACUUGGCAUUAUCUGGAUAACAUCCCCAGCGACUCCAGUGAAGCAGAAGACAUCGAAAACAGCCAGGGUCGUGGGCGUGCAACCUUAGAUGGUAGUCAAGUUCGUGCCUUAGAAGUGGGUGAUGCCAUCCAGAUCUGGGGGAGAGCUCGAUUUGGGGGAUGGAUCAAUCAUGUUGAGCGGGUGAUGGUGCGUGUAUUCUGGGCUGUGUGAUUAGGCCGGAACGAGCUUUUCGUUCCAGUUAAGGUGGCUUGAUAAGGGCCAGUCUCGGACGGUAAAUGAUAGUCAUAAACUAGCACGGCAACAUCAGCAUGGAUCAAUCGCAUAGUUAAGUAGCCAGCAAAU